ACAGUUUUUGUUGACAUUUGUUUAAGAACGAAAUUAGUUUUAUUUAUUCCAAUAUUAUUUUAUGAAAAAUGGCGGACUACUGGAAAUCAAAUGAGCGUAAAUAUUGUGACUUUUGUAAAUGCUGGAUCAGUGACAAUAAAGCGAGUAUUUCCUUUCACGAAAAUGGCAAGCGACAUAAGCUGAAUGUGGCGAAACGUAUAACAGACAUUAGUCGCAAUAGCGAAAAGUCUGAACAGGAAAAACGUAAAAUGGAUGCUGAAAUACGCAAAAUGGAAGAGGCGGCUAUGCGUUCCUAUGCCCACGACAUACACAGUAGAGGAGAUUUGACUGCGCGCUCUAUAAAUGCUGUUAUGACAGCCGGUGUUGGUCCUUCAACAAGUGCUGCGGUCGGUCCCCAUACAGCUAGUAAUAACUUUAAACAAGUUGAUCCCAUGCGUUUGGCUGGCAACUCAGAUGAUGAAGAUGAAAUGGGACCUCGGGUUGGCAUACCGAAAGUUGAUCAUAGUGCAGUGCCCAAUGCCUCACUAUGGGUAGAAGGUGUUAAUGAUGAGGGCUAUUCUUAUUAUUGGAAUGUCAAGACUAAUGAAAGUGUUUGGGAAGUACCAAAAGAAGGUUAUCUCUCGUGGAAGGAAUAUCAACGUAUUAAUGAUUUGGCUAUCAAACAACAGGAAAUACAAGAAGCCGAACAAGCUAAGAAGUUUCGUGAAAAUGUCAAUGAAGAAGUGGCACGUUACAAUCGUGAACGUUUAAAAAUGUUUAGACCACCAGUUAGCAAGCAAGAACAAAAAGCCGAAGAAGAACGCAAGGAAAGUUUUAAAACUGAAGAAGAAGCUAAAGCACCUGAAAUUGGACAAUGGCAAGUGGUGGAGAAUAAACCUCCUGCAGCUCCAAUUGAUUUAGAAUUACCAGCUAUAAACAAUUAUUAUGCUGCACCCGUUGUCUCAGAUAUACCUUAUGAACCACCAGUUAAACGUUUUAAAGAGAAAACUAUCGAAACGUUAGAUGCAGAAGUUACCAACAAUACGUCAACUUCUUUUAAGAAACGUAAAUUUGCAGCGAAAGGAAAUGCACGUAAACGUUUGGAUAAUGAUUAAUAUAUUCCAAAAUAUAAGAAGACUUUAGGCUUAAGAUUAAUUAAACGAACAACAUUUAAUAGUCGUGUAGUAUAUGUAGGUUUGUACUAUAACUAUGAAAAGGCAUAUCUUUUCUUAAGAUAUGCAUAAACGAAACUGAUGCUAUUUGGAAAAGACGCACAACUCAGUGGUGUUAAUACAACGAUGCUGCUUAUUAACUAUUUAGUAAAAUUUAGUUAUUUUUUUAUGUAGAACUAAAUGUGUCAAUUUAAUUUAAGAUAUUUUAUUGUAUUCCUUUAAUAAUAAUAAAUAAUAAUUGUGUAAUCAAAGAAAA